ACUGCCCUACAAAGCAAAAAGGCAGUAACUGCAUUUUUUGGCGAAAAUGAGUUAUUGUGUUUUUUGUAACAUUCAAAGCAUUAUUUGUCAUAUAACAAAAUAUCUCAUCUCAAAUGUGUGUCGUUUUGGAGAAAAUUGGUGGGUGUUUGUACAGUAACUACAAAAACUACUAGUAAAGCAAAGCAAAAAGGCAGUAAACGCCAUUACUGUAUUCUUGCCUUGUAGCGUGACAGUUACUGUCAUUCUUUGUUGUAUCACUUCACGUAAUAAUUACGCUGUUGCCACAGCGAUGUUACUGUUGCCAUAGAGAACACCGCGCGGGACUCUUUUGACGCUGCAAUUUUACUCUGUGAAACUGCACUUUCUUGUUACGAUGGCCCAAUCCAGAGGGAAAAAGAUGGUGGAACUGGCAUUAAAAAGAAAAUAUCCGGAGUAUGCUGCACAGGGUAUUCCACCAAAGAGGAGGAGAGACUGCAUGGAAGAAAAAUGGGUGAUCCCAGACACUUUGUUGGACACCAGCUUGUUGGACACCAGCUUGGAAAGCUUCGACCUGUCUGAUGAUGACAUUGACUCAUACUACGUCCCAACCCCAUCCUCUUUCUGGACACAAACUGAAGUGGAACCCAUACAGACUGAACUGGAACCAGCCCCAAACCAUUCCCUGACUGAACUGGAACCAACCCUAAGCCAUUCCCCGACUAAAGUGGAACUGACACAAACUGAAGUAGAACCCAUACAGACUGAACUGGAACCAGCCCCAAGCCAUUCCCUGACUGAACUGGAACCAGCCCCAAGCCAUUCCCUGACUGAACUGGAACAAACCCUAAGCCAUUCCCCGACUAAAGUGGAACUGACACAAACUGAAGUGGAACCCAUACAGACUGUACUGGAACCAGCCCCAAGCCAUUCCCCAACUGAAGUGGAACUGACACAGACUGAAGUGGAACCAACUGAGGAGAAACAGCCGCAGCCACGUCCACCAAUGAGGAGUCCAUGUGGUGCCCAGUGUCGUAGGAAGUGCACUGACCACAUGUCAGAUGACAGGCGGAAGGAGAUAUGGAAGCAGUAUUGGGACAUGACGUAUACAGAGCGGCGAACCUGGAUAUUCCACUCAGUCACCUCAAUGGAGACGAAGAGAGUUUCUACUGCAGGGAGUCGACGUGGCCAGACGUUCAGCUACAAGCUACAAGACCAGAGAGGAGAGCCAAGACGGGUCUGCAAGAUGUUCUUCCUGUCAACGCUGGGCUACAACCCAAAAAAUGACAGUCUUGUUAUGACCAUGAUGGGCAAAGCAAGGAGCAGGCCACUCGUUCCACCUCAGGACCAGAGAGGAAGGCAGGUCGCUGCAAAUAAGCUGGAUGCAAAGCAAUUACUGGACCAUAUAGAGUCUUUCCACCCUACAGUAAGCCACUAUAGACGUGAACAUGCCCCACAUCGACGGUACCUCCCUAGUGACAUCACUAUGAAAAUGAUGCAUGGUGAUUAUGUGGAGAAAGGGAAUGCCUGUUCAUAUGAGGCGUACAGGAAGGCUGUCAGGGAGAAAAAAAUCAGUUUCGCAAAACUCGGAGAGGAGGAGUGUGAGACUUGCUUAAAGCAUGCCGAACAUGAAAAAGCCCACACAGAGGAGAUGGUGAAUUGCCCAGAAUGUCAAAGUUGGCAAAAACACAAGCAGUCUGCCCUGCAGAGCCGUCUGAGUUACAAGCAGGAUGCAGAGACCAGCUGCUGGCCCGACGAUACCUCAGUCCGGAGUGCAGACCUCCAAAAAGUCAUCAUGUUACCACGUAUGCCUGGAGUGAAAUCUUCAGUUUUUACGCGACGUGUUGUGGCAUUCCAUGAGACAUUUGCCUCUGUGGGGAAGGGGAAAAACAAGAAGAACACCAUCUCUGUCUUGUGGCAUGAGGGAAUAGCAGGGAGAAGCGCUGCAGAAAUCACAUCUGCAUACAUGGCAGCAUUGGAGAAAGAGAGGGAUGUACGCCACAUAAUACUCUGGGUGGACAACUGCAGUGCGCAGAAUAAAAAUUGGUGCCUGCUCUCCUCACUCGUCACCCUAGUCAACAGUGACACGACUUCACUGGAAGACAUCAUCCUAAAAUACUUCGAGCCGGGCCACACUUUCAUGAGUGCCGACAGUUUCCACCAUGGUGUUGAGCAGCAAAUUAGGAAGUGUCCAGGUGGUGUUGUCUAUGACUUCGAGGACUUUGUGAAUGUUGUGGCGAGCUCCAAUUCAAGGAAAGUGGAUGUUGUCCUGAUGCAGAAUGCCAAUGUGCUGGAUUGGAAGGAUGGCCAUUCCACUUCCAAGGUCAAGAAGGCAAAAGCACCAAAGCUUGGGGAGAUGGCAGAAAUUCAAGUGCGGCGUGGCUCCAAGAGUCUUUUUUACAAGCUGUCACAUGUUGAGACAGAAUUCACAGAAAUGGACUUCCUAUUAAAAAAAUUCAUCCCAACCAUUCCCACUCUCUUGCGACCACAGGACAGAGGAGUUGACGAGGUCAAAAAGAGGGACAUAAUUGACAAGCUUUGUCCACUCAUGCCCCCAAACAGAAGGGGGUUCUGGCAUUCCCUGCCUGUAAUGAAGGAUGUUCUGGAGGAUGAGGAGUAAUUAAAUGAAUGUUUUGUGUAUUGUUUGUAUUGAGUGUGUUGUUCUUUCAUUAUCCCCUGUUUUUUGACAGUUGUAUAUGUAACUAUUUAUUAAAUUAAUAUCAAAUAAGCUUA